AUGAAAGUCUGGCACCUUGUAUCUGGUCUACUUGCCUCGCAAGCCCUCGUUGGGCUCACCACAUCCCAACUCAUCGGCAUCCCAACCGUUCCAUACCAACAAUCCGACCAAACGCUCUCCUUAAAAACCAUAACCUCCAUCAUCGUCGACAGCCGUCACGCCAACGCCCGCGAUGCCAAUGGCUCAACCCUCAUCCCCCCCACGCUCCACGACUUCGCAACCACCUUUGCCCAAGACCUCCACGACACGCUCGGCAUCACCGCCAAAGUAACCAUCCAGGACACCCCAGCACCGCAGAGCAUCUUCCUCACCCUCGGCAACCCAUCCCACUACCUCGACGCAGCAUCGCGUCCCACAUCUGAGGGCUACACGCUGUCGACCUCCUCGCACGGCAUUACUGUGACGGGUGCUUCUCCCCUCGGCGCCUGGUGGGCAACCCGCACGAUCCUCCAGCAGGGAAUCCUGAAAAAUGGCCUCGUGCCCCUUGGAAGUGGUGUUGAUAGCCCCGGCUGGGCUACCCGCGGGAUGAUGCUCGACUGCGCACGACACUUUUAUCCCAAGGACUUUCUGGUUGAAAUGUGCGGGUACAUGUCCUUUUUUAAGCAGAAUACUUUUCAUGUCCAUCUGAGCGAUAAUGUCAUUGUGCCGAUCACGCCGUCGAACUUUAAGGAUGUGUAUGCCCGUUUUCGCCUGUGGUCGGAUAGUCCGUCCGUCAAGGGAUUAAACAACUACCAGAACGAGUCGUACACGCGCGCUGAUUUCGAAGAAAUACAGCGCAAGUGUGCAGCGAGAGGCGUCACGAUCUUGCCUGAGAUUGAGGCCCCAGGACAUGCGUUACCCAUCGUGCAGUGGCGGCCGCAAGUUGGAUAUAAAGGCGCGCUAGAUCAGUUGAACAUCUCGCAUCCGGAUACCAUUCCCACCAUGAAGACGAUAUGGGGUGAAUUCCUGCCCUGGUUUUAUAACAAGCGUGUUUCGAUCGGUGCAGAUGAGUACCAGGGCCCAGAGGCUGAUUACAAGGUCUUUGUGAAUGAGAUGGCUAGGUUUAUCGCCUCCAAGGGCAAGGAGACUCAGAUAUGGGGAACGUUCCCUCCAAAGAACGCCAGUGUCGAGAUAUUUCGAAACGUUACGAUCCAGCACUGGGCGUAUGCGUUUGGGAACCCGAAACGGGAUUACAUCGGCAAUGGGUACAGUGUCAUCAACUCAGACGAGAUGUACUACGUUGUUCUAAAAGUGGGUGGGUAUUCUCGCAGCGUCGACAUUUCCAAGACAUUUUCGGGGAAUCCGGGCGGAGGGAAAUGGGAGCCCAAUAUAUUUAGUUUGAAAAAGAAGCAGGAUAACGUGGAUAGGGGGGAGAAGCUGCUCCGCGGGGGGAUUACGCCGUUGUGGAAUGAUAAUGGUGCGAAUACGAGCGUCUACUCGGAGGCGUAUUAUGCUUGGAAGAAGGGGAUUCCGGCACUGGCGGAUAAGCAGUGGGGUGGGAAUCUCACCAUGGGUGAGUUUGAUGGUGUUUUGGCCAAGUUUGGCGGGAGGAUUCCGGGGGAGAAUCUGGAGAGGAGGGUUGCGUCGAAGGGUGAAGUGGUGAUGAAUUAUACGGAUUUUAGGGGUCCAGAGGUGGUGGAUUCGUCGGGGAAUGGGUAUAAUGGUAAGACGGAUUGCAAAGCGAGCGGUGGAGUGCUACAUAUGACGAGGGAUUGUGGCCUGAGUACGGGUUUGGAGUCCAAGGGGCGGAAUUAUACGCUCGAGAUGGCGAUUAAGGUGGAUAGUCUGUCGGGGGAUACGGUGUUGGUAUCUGGGCGGGACUCGGUGCUGAUGCUGACGCCGAAUAUUACGCUGUUUGCGGGUGGUAAUUAUUUCAGGUUGAAUAGGACGGUUGGCUUGGGAAAGUGGCUUGAUUUGAAGGUUGUUGCGAGGGGUGCGAGGACGUAUGCUUCUGUGGAUGGGGAGGAGGAUGAGUUUCUGGCGGGGGUUUCGAAUUAUGGAAAGGGGAUUGUGUGGGCGGAGAUUGGGAUCGAGGCGCCGAUUGAGAGGGUUGGUGGGUGGGAGGGGGGAUUGAAGGCGUGGUCGUUGAGGGAGUGA